AUGUUUGCCAGGCCACUCCAGUCUCCUUCCGAUAUGACACCGCCCGUCCCCGGGACACCACGUGUUCCCGCGUACAAGAGCCCCUACGGCCCCAACUGGAGAGGAACCGGUAUCUCGAGCAUGGCACUGACAGAGUUCAGGUACUACUUCCAAACCCAUGUCGGCACGAUCACCCCGAAAACUGUCAUGAGGACCAGCGUCAAGGCCGGCCUGUUUGGCGGUGUCGCCCUCUUUACCGUCAUCUUCUAUGCCUCGGGUAUUCCUAGGAUCCAGCAGGACAUUCUCCAGAGAAUUCCCAUCAUCGGCCAGCGCUUCAUUAAGGAGAAGAUUCCGGCCUCGGACAACCCGUUCUGA